GCACAGCGACUACCAUCGAAAGUUGAUAGGGCAGACGUUCGAAUGGGUCGUCGCCGCCACGGAGGGCCGGAGCAGGGCCGGGGCGUCCCGCCGACCUCGGGAGCGCGACCGACGGUGGCGUCCUGACCGACCGACCGACCGACAGCCUGCCGGCGGGUGCCGGCCUUCCGCCCCGCGAGAGGCGGCGGCGGCCAGCAAGCAGGAGCUCGCAGAAACUCGACCAGCCCCGCGGGCGGGCAGACACCGGCGAGCGGAGGCGACAACGGCGGCGGGGGAUGACGGGGAGGAGAGGCGCAGGAGGGACGACCGGAGGGGGGCGGCGAGAGCCCCCCCCACCGGCCUGACCCCACCCCCGACAACCCCUCGCCCUCACCAGCCUACCUCCCCACAACCGGGCGGACAGAGGAGCGGAGCUCCCGACACGGCGAGGUCGCCAACACCACGCGAGAGCCAACCUGAGAAGCCAGCGGGGGAGACCGGCACCACGGGCCGUCUCGACGUCGCGACCGCCUCCCGCCCGCACGCGCCGACCUCGGCGGGGGUGGCUGGGGAUGGCGCGAGGGCGCGGGAGCCGGGGCCGGAGCCCCGUCCCCGCCCACGCACCACCAGCCAACCGCCACCACACCACUCCCCGCCGGGGUGGGACAGCGGCAGCCAGGCGCGGGGGAGAUGGAGCAGGGGGGCACGCGACAGCGGCGCCCGAGACGACCCUCUCCAUCCGGGGCCGGCAGGCAACAGGCAAGCACCCGCGGAGGAGGAGAGGGGGCGACGGGGCCGGGGCCAGAGCCCGGGCCCACGACGCUCCCCACACACACACAACGGGGGUGCACAGCCGAUGCCGAGCCGCCCAUACAACUUCGCGACGCAAGACGGGGCCGAGGAACCGGCCGACCGCGGCCUCAGGAAGAGCCCACACCGACCCGACCUCACCGACCUCAACCCCCGCGCACACGCGCCGCUCCGACAAGCCGACCCGCCGGCAGCCACGCCACCGGCCACCGCCGCCUGA